AUUCUCCUGGUUCAAAAACCUGCACUUUCUGGAAGGCUUUUGGCAGACGGAUUUCUGUCCUUCCCCUCCACCAUAUUUAGAGAGUUCACCAUGGAGAAAAGUACGAGCUUCCAAGGAGCCUUGUCUACCUUGUUCAACGUGUAUGCGAAGAAGACAGAUCCUUUUAUUAAGCUGUUGGACGUGUUUUUGGUGUUCCUCGUCUUCAUCGGCGUUGUCCAAUUUGGAUAUGUUGUCUUAGUCGGUACAUACCCAUUCAAUUCUUUUCUCUCUGGUUUCAUCGCUGCCGUUGGUCAAUUCGUUCUCACUGUGAGUUUUCGUUCGCAAUUGAUUGAGUCCUCGGAUCCCAAGCUUGCCAAGUCUGCAUUUUCGUCGAAAAGAGCUUUCUUGGAGUACUGUAUCUCUAGUCUUGUGUUCCACUUUUUUGUCGUUAAUUUCCUUGGAUAAAGGAAACUUCAGAAAGUUUGACAAAGCUAAAGUUGAGGAGCUGAACCUGUUAUGUUCUGCUACACUAGCUCUCUUAUGGACAAUCCUUACCUCUGUAACGCUGCAUGAAUAAAAUGAUUUCUUUGUCUUGAUGCAAUGAAUGCUUAUAUUAUCUUACAAAUUAUGAAAGAGUAUGAAGAUGAAUGAGGGUAUCUUAAAUAGUUUGGGUAAAAGAGCAAGCCUCCGCCGUUUAGAGAGCCUUCUUUUCUUCGACUUUGGAGCCUUCUUGUUUGAAGAUUAGAUCCUUUAACUUGUCCAGAAUGAUUCCAGACCAUAUAAUUAGAAACAUAGUGCCCAUGCUUGA